AUGGUGCGGAUGCUUCUCGAAAUUAGUCUCCUUUCAAUAACAUUCUUCCUUUCACUUGAAGCCAACGAUCUUGUCUACCAGGCAGAUAAAUCCUCCAAUCCAUCAUGUUACUUUCAGCUUGAGUGUACAGGAAAGACUGCUCAGGGCGUAGAAAAGGUUCGAGUUCCUAUCCGUUCAGCUCAAGGACCUCCUGGGUCUAAGGGCGAUAGAGGUCCACGUGGAAUUCAGGGUCCUGUGGGACCGCGUGGCAAGUUGAAUUUGUUUUAA